AUGGUCAGUCUGCUACGAAACUUUACAUCGAACUCAGGUGGACGUUUCUUUGAUGAAUCAUCGAGAAUGGACGACAGCAGAACGAUGCUUGAUCCCAUUCUGGCCACGGAGGAUGACGACAGCUUUCGACCGCUGCGUACUGUCCCUGCCUUCAGCAUCCAUCUCCUAGUGUCCAGUUGCAUUUCCUUGACUGGAAUCAUUCUAGCAGCAACAUGGGAGGACAGUCGACGGUGCGAAGCAUACUUCAUAAUGCUUUACCUUCGAGCUGCAUUCUGGAUUUUCACUUACCUGUUUGAUCACAUCGUACGGGCGCAUCAUGAAAAGUUACGGUUAAACGGUUAUCACGAUUUCCACCGUGCCACCGAACAACACAAAAGCGUACCGCUGCAGAUUGUAUCCCUGUGGAAUACGUUCCUGCUCGCGAUCCAAACGCUUAUUCAGCACUACUACGGUGACGCAUUCGGUGAGAAGUGCAUUGCGGUCGGUUUGCUAUCGCCGAUCAUAUACAUUUCCGCUUUUUCCGGCCUGGAAACGAUUGUACUGUGCAUCGUAAACGGAAGCUACAUUGCUACUGUACGCCGGUUCAAUCGUACCGCAUCACCACCGGACGCACUACAGGAUAAUCGUGGUUUCAGCGGUGGUUCCCUGGGGCUUACCCAGCGAGGCCUUAGUACGGCAGAGCUGCUGGAGAAGCAGGCUGAUCUGAUCAAGUAUUUGAAAGAUCAUAAUUUGAAGCUGAAUCAAAAGAUAAUGCAAAUGAACGCGCAGGUGCGAACGGUCACGUACCCGGGAUAA